GUCACUGUUUCUAUGUCCGCGCCCACUUAAAAUAAGAACACUACACGCUCGUUUAUGGUCAUCCACUGAACCUUGAGUACACCGCAGACCUCUCUACCUCUCGAAGACCUGCCAAUCGCUUCUCCCUCGACACCAAUUUGUGCGGCCUGAUAUUCUUCUGCCUGGGGCAGCAUGGCGCAGAAAUGCGUUCACAAGGGCUGUGGGAAGGUUUUCACUGAUCCUGAAGAGGAAUGUGUCUACCACCCAGGUCCGCCAGAGUUCCACGAAGGUCAAAAAGGAUGGACAUGCUGUAAACCACGAGUCCUUACCUUUGACGAGUUCCUAGCAAUUCCUCCCUGCACCACAGGUAAACACUCGACUGUCGACGAUGCCCCUGUAGCGACGACACAAAAGCCUGCGGUAGACGAGGCUCCAGUUCCAGUGACCAAACCCAUCAAACCCGAAACCGUCGCUGCACAGCCGCAAGCUGUACCGACGCCAGCGACGAAGCCUGAGGCGCCACCAGACGAGUCCGAUGACCCUGAUGCAGAAAUCCCAGCGCACGCCAACUGCAAACGGAGAGCGUGCGGCAAGUCGCGGGACAGUGGCAUUGCCAGAGACGAUGAAGAGUGUAUAUACCACCCUGGCGUCCCGAUCUUUCACGAGGGCAGCAAGGGCUGGACAUGUUGCAAACGACGAGUGCUAGAGUUUGACGAGUUUAUGAAAAUCGAGGGCUGCAAGACGAGAAAGAGACAUUGCUAUGUGGGCAAGAAGAAGAAGCCUGCCGUCGAUGGAGCCCCAGCCGACCAGGAAGACAAGUUAUUGACGGUGCGGAAUGACUUCUACCAGACACCCACCAGUGUCAUUGUCAGUUUCUACCUGAAGAAGAUUGACAAGCAGCGGGCAACCGUUGAUUUCGCACAGGAUGGCCAAACCAUCGAUUUGGAUCUACCUACAAGCGACGGAAAGCGAUUUACACAGACAGUGCCACUGUUUGCACCGAUUGAUUCGGAAAAGAGUUCGUUCAAGAUCAUGGGAACAAAACUAGAGAUGAUUUUGCUCAAGAAGGACGGGUCUAGUUGGCCGACCCUGAGGAAUGAUGAGCAACCCACAGGCGAACGCAUUCAAUUGGGAAAAGCCGGACGAGCAUAAAAAUGACUGGUCAACACAUGACAACAAUUGUAAACUCAGAUAGGUAGAUGUAGAACAAAGAAUCGGCAGCUUUGACGGCCAAAUCAAAUCCUGUUCAAGCAAAA